UUAAAUACUAAUUUCAUUCAAUUAAAUUUUACAAAUAAGAAGUAAUCAACAACAAUGGCAAGAAGUAGAAGAAAAAGUUCUAGAGUUAGCUCUACUUCAAAAUCAUUGGAUCAUCUGAUGGAAGUUGAUGAAACACCAUCACCAGCUAGUUCACAAGAUGCAGGCAGUAAUACAGCUGACACAAGUGCUGGUGAUCAAGUUGUACCAUCAGAUAUCUCAAAUGUAUCUGAGACAUCACAACAACAACAAGACCAGACCACAACAUCAAAAAAGAAAACAACAAAUAAAACAAAAACACCAGCAUCAAAAUCCAAACGUGGUGGACGUCAACGACGUGGAAGAAAAUCUGUUGAUAGCACAAACACCAGUGUCAACAGUGAUAAUAAUGGUGAUAAAAGUUUGUUUGAUUUAUUAUACUCAGAUGUUUUGGUGACAGAAAUCGUUGACAAUUGGAUCAAAGACUACAAAAGUAAUAGAGAAAAAGGUUUAUUACUCCUCGUACAAUUUAUCAUUGAUGCAACAAGUUCCAAGGAACAAAUGACACUUGAAAUGUUACUUACAAAAAGUGUCAAUGAAUUAAUUGAUCAUUUAGAUAAAAAUAUAUCAACAAGUCCAAAUUAUCCAUUGAGUGAUCUUAAAGAUAUAGAAUUUCGUAAAAAUUUGAGUAGAUUUAUUAAAAAUUUGGUGCAUAAAUGUCAGAAUGACAUAUUAUUUGAUGAAUAUUUAUUGGAUAAUAUUAUAUUAUUUUUAGUACAUUUAUCACGUUCAAAAGUUCAAUCAUACAGACAUACUGCAACAUUUUUAUGUAUGAAAUUGGCAACUGGUCUUGUUGAUGUUUCUUUAAAUUUAACACAAAUACUUGUCAAGACAAAUAGACAAUUUGAUAGUGAAAAAAAAAAGCCAAAAUGUAAUCGUGCAAUUGACAAAGUAGACUUACUUGAAAGACAAAGAAUAAAUAUACAAGAAAAUCUUGAUGAUAUUAAUGAUAAAAAAAAUUAUAUUGUUGAUGAAGUACUUGGUAUUCGUUCACGUGAUGUCAUUCAAAAUAUACGUUUAAUUUGUGUAUCUGCUGUUGGAUCAUGGAUUAAAAAAAAACCAGAAGAAUAUAUAAAAGUUGAUUAUUUAAAAUACCUUGGCUGGUCAUUAUUUGAUGAUGAAAAAGAUGAUUUAUUGACUGAUGAAGAUCGUGAAACAAUGUACAAAUUAAUAUUUGUCAAAGACCGAUCAAUAGCACAAGCUGGUGGUGAAUUUUUAAAUCAAUUUAUUGAAUCAGAAUUUUUACAACAUGGUAAUUAUCUUGUUGAUUCAAUGAUAAAUGCAACAUCAACAUUAAAAGAUUGGCAAUGCAUGACAUAUAUGCUUCUUGAUGAAACAGAUGAUGAAAAACUUGAUGAUGUACAUGCAACAGCACUUGUUAAAAUUUUAACAAUGUGUAUUAAACAAUUGUCAACUGGUGAAAUACCAGAAGCACGUGUUACAACAAAAAAACAUCUUAAUGCCAAAGACAAAGAACAAAUUAAAAAUGAUAAAAUAUUAAUAACAGAACAUUUUGCUGUAGCAUUACCAAAUUUAUUAACUAAAUAUCAAGUUGAUGAAAGUAAACUGCCAUAUCUUUUAUUGAUUCCUCAAUAUUUUGAUCUUGGUAUUUAUGUAACGCUAAGACUUGAUAAACACUUGUCAUCAUUGUUACAAAUAAUUGAUACAAUUGUCAAAAAAACUUAUGAUGAAUUUACACUUGAAACAGCAGCAAAAACAUUAGAAAUAAUGUGUCAUGAAAAUUCUCCAAUAGCAAUCAAGUGUGAUCCUGCAAGAAUUGAUUUAAUUGAUUCUAUCACUUGCUCAUAUACUGAUGCUAUUGAAAAAUUAAUUAACAAAGUUGACAAUGAAGAUGAGGCAAAUGAAGAAGAGCUAUAUAAAGUUGAAGAAUCAAUGAUGAAAAUAUCAAAAUUUUAUGGUUGUCACAACAUGAAUCGUUAUGGACUUUUAGAUUCAUUUUAUAAAAAUAUAAAAAAUUAUUUUUAUGUGGUACCAGAUACUGUUAUUAAGUACUCAAUUGAUGGUUGUUAUUUUUCAUUAUUAUGGGAUCUUUAUUGUAUUAAAUUUGAUACAAGUUUAAAUCCAGAAGACAACUCGACAUUGAUGCAAACACUUCAACUAGAAUUAAAUGCUUUUAUGACAAUUUUAAAAGACAUAUUAAAUGAUGAAGUAAAUUAUCAUGAAUCAAUACGAGAUGCUGCAUUCAGUGCAAUGUGUGAUUUGAUUAUUAAUUUUGAUAGUAACGAGACAUCAAUUAAUGAAAGUUUACAAAAUUUACCAUACUAUGAAGUUGAUGAAAUAACUGAAGAUUUAUUAUCAAAAUUUAUUGAAAAUUAUAAAUUUUUUAUGUAA